AUGCAUGAUUCAAAACCAGUUGACCGGGAUUUCACGAAAGCAUUGCCGAAGAUUGAGCUGCAUGCUCAUCUCAGCGGGAGCAUCAGUCGCCAAUGCCUCCAUGAAAUUUGGAAUCGCAAAAAAGAACAGAACCCCGCGUUCGAUGUGGAGGAUCCACUGGUGUUAAUGCCACCAGGAAAGGUCGAUUACACACUGGAAACGUUUUUCUCGACCUUUUCCAAGUUGACAUACCAGCUCUGCAAUGACCUGGAAAGCUUAGUAUAUGCCACCGACUCAGUCCUUGGAGACUUUCUCGAAGAUGGAGUGGUGUAUCUCGAGUUACGGACCAUACCGAGAGCAUCUCACGGCAUCACUCGAGAAGAAUACGUCAACACAGUCCUGGAUACAAUCGAGAAAUUUCGAACGAAAACCGAGCGUAUGUCUGUAUUCUUGAUCCUAGUCAUCGAUCGGGGUAGCAUGACCGCAACAGAGGCGGACGCAAUCGUCGAUCUUGCGAUCGAAAAUAAGUCGCGCGGGGUGGUGGGGGUGGAUAUCUGCGGCAACCCAACCAAAGGCGACGUCAGCAUCUACAAAGAAUCCUUUGCGAAAGCCAAAGCCAACGGGCUAGGAAUCACCCUUCACUUUGCCGAGACAACAGCCUCAGCUUCUGCAAGGGAAAUUUCGACCCUUCUUUCUUUUCGGCCGGACCGACUGGGCCAUGUUAUUCAUGUGCCUGACGAGAUCAAGAAGGAGAUUGUGCGGCGUAAGCUCGGCCUCGAACUUUGCAUAUCUUGCAAUGUUCAUGCAAAGAUGAUUAAUGGAGGCUUCUUGGAUCAUCAUUUCGGUUAUUGGCGACACGAGGAUUGCCCCAUUGUGCUGUGUACCGACGAUGUAGGAUUUUUUUGUAGCCCGGUCUCGAACGAGUACUUGUUGGCUGCGCAGCAUUUCGCCUUGACUCGUACUGAUCUCUUCAAUGUGUGUAUGAAGUCUGCCGAUGCCAUUUUUGCUGGUGAGUACUAUAAAAAGAGAAUUCGCGGUAUGCUUGAGGAAUUUUCUGCUGUCAUUGAGCCGGCAUGA